AUGACUCGUGGUUCGUCGAACAACGACUUGGAUAAAGUAGUUUUAACUGAUUCAACAAGUGAUCAAUUAACCAGCGACUUUCGAUCAACAGACGUAAAGUCUGCAUAUCCUGGACAAGUAUUAUCCGAGGUCAAAGAUUCUAGCGCAACUAGUGGAGAUUCUGAUACUCAAGAUCAAACAGGAACAAAUACCAAUAAGACUACACCCCUACAGGGACAAGUUGGUGAAGGAAUGCCUGAUCAUUACAAAAAAUAG